AUGGCUUCCCAGGCCCUGGCUGAGCAUUGCCAUAUGGGACUUGACAAACUGGUGGAAACGCAUGGAGCUUUCUACAGUAUCUACAUGAAGACCAAAUCCAUGAUACAGGAUACGGGAACGCUGAACGCACUUCAAAGUACAUUUGGUGUCCCCGGCGAGAAAGCGUCUUUCGAUAGACAUCUCAGAAAGCUCACAAACGCAACGGAAGUCUGCAGAGAACAAUGCGAUGAACUUGACAAAAGUCUCCAGGCCUGGCGUGCUUCCGUUGACGAAUUCAGUCGUCGUAUCAGCAAGACCAAGGGUUGGUUGCCACAAACUCCUACAAGUCGUACAGACCAACUAAUGAUGAUAGACAUCAUGAACCAACAAGAGAACGCAACAAACAAAGAGAUCGGCACUUUGAAGACCGAGAUAAAUGACCAGAUGUUCAACCAAGAUAGAGCCCAAGCAAACGAAGAUGCCGCUCGAGCCCGGCGAGAGGAUCUUUCCAGGCAAAAGAACAAACUAGCGGACCAAAUUGGAACUAUCAUUCAGUCUGCUGGUUCUGCAGGCAUUGGUGGAAAGAUGCUCGUGGCUGGAGGUCAGAUGGCUGCUACAUGGAUGCUAAACCUCUGGGCGAGCAACGAUCUCCAAUCUGCGCAGAGUAACAUGCAAGAUCAGCUUGAGAGAGGCCAGGAGUAUAGAAGACGUAAGGAGGAGGCCGAGGUCGACAUCCAGAAGCUUUCGACGCAAGCUAAUGAACUGAAACAAUGCAUUGAAGUUUUGCAGCCUGUUCAGUUGCUGCUUCAUGGGAUUAUAGAUUGUCUUCGCAAUGCCGCAAUCCAUCACAACGAGAUGCUCGCAAAGAUGCAGUUGUUUCUCGAAAGUUGUUCUGAGUCCAAGGAUAUAGCCACGGGAAUUCCUGAUGGGCUAUCCUUUGGAGAUACUCUGGAUUUCCUAAACGAAAUCCAACUCAUGCGCCAAGGUGCUCUUGAAAUCGGACACUGGUCGCUCAUCUACUCCAAGGUGAUCCAACAGACGAUGAUGAAAGGCUUCCAGCAAAACGAAACAAACUUCUCACAUGAAGACGUACUUUUCACAAUACAGCAAUCUCGUCAACAGGCGAUUGAGUCUGGAAGUGCAAAGCUUAUUGCAGGCCAGUUGAAGCAACAGCACGAGGCUGAGGUUGAAGCCAUCAGGAAGGAUCACGACGAGGUCGUUGGGAAGCUAAGGAGGAAGAAUGAAAAAGAGCUCAAGAAGGUGGCGAGAAGUGGAAAGAUGAGAAGACUGCUCCCCUUUUCCAAGGCGUCAUAG